ACUGCAUCGCGUUGAGCUUCUUUGCGGUCUCACAAGAAACACGCAGCCGGUGCACAUCUGCACACUCACACACACACACACACACCCACACAUACAUACACACUUAUACACUUGCACACACUAACUCUUUUUCUUUUUUCCAUUGUUACUCUAUCCCGUCCGCAAAAUAACUCACUUUUCUCUUUUCACAAAAUAGAUCGCGUAAUCGCGUUCGAGAUAUAACGCUUUCAGUCAUCAUCGUGCGUGAUCUCGUUGAGGAAGAGACGAAACACACGUGCACGCGAGAGAGCAACGCACGAGGGACGAUGUAAAGGGGGUGGUUCAGCGGUGCGCGAUGCAGCACGAAGGUUCAAAGUUCCCGGAGGCAAGGACGCGCUGUUUACGCACUGCGCGAUAAUCGUCUGCAGCGGUUAUGAAGCCAUUCCGGUCAUGAUCAUGAAGCUAUUCCGUGUUUCUCGCGAAUUUCGCAAUCGUUCUUUAAGGUCGCGAUGGCAAUUAUCGCGCGGUUACGAUCCAUUAGAGACCUACGCAAAAUUGACGUAAUAUAGUGACAAAUGUAUCCUGAUUCUAUCGCAUAGGCAACGUGUUCCUGCUGCAGUCAGUGCACGAGCGGAGGUCGCUGCAAUAGUCGGACGACGUUUGCCGAUUGCGACGAGAGAGAGAAACGUUAUUUGUCCGAGCACCGUUUUUUCGAAGCGACCAACCGGCAGAUCAUGACGAGGUCUUCCGUGGUUAUCCUCACAUGGACGUUCUGUUUGUCCACGCUUUUGUCUCUACCAGCGAGAACAAGAGCUCUCGAGGAAAACUGUACGGAUUUUCAGGGCGGCACCGUCAGACACGGUCUUCUCUACGUGCCGGGACCUGCAGUUUGCAGUCUCUGCGUCUGCUAUCAUUCCGAACCGAUGUGGUGUCAGGCUAUUUACUGCACGCCACCGUAUAAGUGUAAGAAGUUCCGUGUGGGGGAGCGUUGCUGCGAGUUCGAGUGCCUCGACGGCAGCGACGACAUCGGUCCGGACGUGUUCGCCGUGGAUAGCUCGGGAUCGCCGAGGAUUCUGGAGCAGAAUUCUGUCCUCUGUCUGCUGACGGGUCUGAUCGUGCUGCUGAUGGUGCCCUAGUUACGAUCAGAUGAGAACCAUGAUCGUCAUCGCCGCCGCCGUAGAUUUUCCUCUCAUUGGAAGAAUUCGUCCAUUAGUGAUAUAAUGAUUCGACGACGACGACGACGACGACGACAAGAAUUGUACGAGAAAAUUCUUCGUCAGCAGGUUUGACUCACACCGCGAAUUUCUGUGUUUUUUUUUGUUUUUUUGUUUUUUGAGACACGUCCUUGAUCCGUCGUAAUUGCUAUCCACUUGGAGAGUUCGCCAAGUGAAUCGAGAAAAUCCGGAUAUGUAUUGUCGAAAAAUAUCGACGUGGUCGAAAAUCGAAGAUCAAUCGAGCCACUUCAUUUCUUUAUUUCUCAAACGAACGAUUAAAAAAAGAAAAACAAAAAAACACGUGCUUCAAGAAAAGUGUUUAUCGUAAGAAACACAAAAAAAGAGUGUGAGCAAUGCAAUUGUUACUUUAUCGCAUACAAGAGAGUAUCACAAUCAAAAAAAAAAAUAUGUAUAUAUAUAUAUUUUCUCAAGAGAUUUAUAUAAGAAUAUUUAAAUAAUCUCUAUCUUAGAUUUUUCGAUCACAAUCUCGCGAGGCGCGCGCGAGUACACUUUCUUGAUUAUAUUUUUUCUCGAUUUGAUUCGCUCUCUUCUUUCGAGAUAGAGAUAGAGAGAGAGAGAGAGAGAUCUAUUUGUUUUCGCUUCAUUCCGUUAAAUCGGAGAGAUGACAGAGUUCGUUUCGGAUAUCUUAGCGACAGAAAACGGAUUCCCGAAUAUCAAGAAAUAACGUAUAGGUCAAAGUUAGCUCUUGGCCUAACCCACGAAACACUCGCAUGUCAGUCACUACUGUACAUGAAACGUACUUGAUCUCGUUUCGGAAUAAAAUUUAUAUAUAUAUAUAUAUAUAUAUAUAUAAAUGCAAUAUAUAUAUAUCUAUAUAUAUGUAUGUAUAUAUAUAUACAUAUAUAUAUAGCAUUUGUUGUUGGGGAAUGUGCGCAAUGAGUGAAAUUGGGUGUCGGGGCGGAUAAUUGAUUUGGUGCUCGACUCUCGAUCAGCUCUCUCGAUUUAAAUUACGUUCGCGCAAUGACGUUUGUGCGAGCUCGUCGACAAAAACGUUUGGCAUUUUAUUCCAACGAUGCAUGUAUAUAUAUAUAUAUAUACAUAUAUAUACAUACAUACAUACAUACAUAUAUAUAUAUAUAUAUACAUACAUAUAUAUAUAUAUACACAUAUUGUAUAUAUACAUAUAUAAUAUACACACACAACACACUUGCGCUUGAUGAAUACAAAGCUAAAAACAGUCUAUCAGAUUGAGACUAUCGCGUGUGAGGGCGCGAUAUAACGUGAUCAGAAAUUUUUUUUUUAUUGUCGCGAGAAACGAUGUAACAUCCUGUAACACGUGUCAGACUGAGAGAUUGUAUGUACACGCGGGGGGAUACAAAUCCCUCGUCAACGAAUGUCGGAAAGCUCCGUUGUCGAACUGUGGUGAUAUUCCCUUUGUUAACGUCACUCUCUCUCUCUCUCUCUCUCUCUCUCUCUCUCUCUCUCUCUCUCUCUCUCUCUCUCUCUCUCUCUCUCUCUCGCUCUCUCUCUCGCUCUCGUUUUUUUACUCUGCUAUUCUAUUGAAUCGAUUCUACCGCUCAUUCACUUCGCUUUGCGCCGAUUUUGCCGGCAAACGAGCGCUUUUUAAAGGGAGAGAAAAACUCCUUUCUCCCCGCGUCUGUGAUUAAACUGCGUGAUAAAAUCGGGAAAACUCGUGUGAUAAUGUUCCAUCUGUCGUUUUGACUUCGUUUUGUUCGCUCGUAACCGUUGAAAGUUUUUCUCGCCUCUCUCUCUUUCUCUUUCAUUUUGCAACAAGAAAUAUAUUUUAUAUAUUUUGUACGUAAAAUUUCAUAUCUCUCUUUCACCUCGGAAAGAGUUUAGUUUCGAAAUAUUCAAUAGAUAAACACACAUACUGUUACCCGUUGCUGAAAUAAUUGAUUUUCAUGUUUCGUAUCUCUUCUGUUUGCUUCCACACAAUAUAUGUAUAUCUAUAUAGAGGACAAUGAUUAUUCGCGUUUCAAUUAAUAGUCGGUCACGGAUUAACUUUCGGUUAGCGCGACCUUUCAAAAGCGGCAGUAAUUAAAGGUUGGAUUUUCUCAUGCAGAUGAUAAACAUCGGUUAAUCGCAAUUGCUGUUGAUAUGCGAUAAUAAUUAAUUGCAUGAAUCAAUAAGUCGUAGUAUUAAAUCGCAAAUAGUUUAAUGAUAAGUAGCGAGUACCAGUAGCGACUUCGGUUUAAGAUGACUUUAAAAACAAAAAAAAAGAUUUUCUUUUUUUGCGUCACGGAAUUAUCUUUUCUAUUGCUCAUCAACAUAGCGCGUACCGUGCAUUUUAUACAUAGCCAUUACCGGCACACGCUCCACUUUCAUUUUAAAUUUCCAGAACAAAGCGCAUCGAAAUAUUUCAUUUAUCAUCAGCAUUUUUUAAUUUUCUUUUUGGAGCAUAUUUUAACAUAUAAAGCGCGAACAGGCUUUCUUGCGUCAUCAAUGAAAAUUGUAUUCUUAGCCGGUACCGUGUACAACUUUAUAAAAAUGUAGAUGCGACUUUUCUCGUUACUUUUUCCUGAAACGCAUAAGCACAACAAGUUUGCGCGACGCGCGUGCUUUGUGCGUAAUAUGAUUAUCCAAGUUUAUAUUAAAAGCGGACUGAGAUAAGAGACCGAGACUUUAUUUUGUUGAGUAAUGAAGAUUCCGUGAAAUAUGUUUCAACUUGAUCUUGAUAUUAAAAAACAA